UUCCAUAUUUGGCUUUCGAUAAAAACACUUCAGGAUUCCGCUUUUUGGAGACAUGUUUAGUGACGUGGACCGACGUAUAAAAGGGACGGACCGUCCCGGUGACGUCACGUGCCUUCGCUCUGUGUGGAGACGUUACCAAGGCAACGCGAUGCGUGACAUCUACGCGCACACAAACACGCACGUUCGCUUACAAAACGUUACUGCAGCGUUGAUGACGGAACCCCCGUGCACGGUGAGUUACUGCUCCGGUACUAUGAUAAUACUGUAGUACUGUAUGUAGUAUAUACAGUAGUACAAUAAUCGGCUCAGUGUUCAGAUCGCUUACUGGAGUAAAGGUACCAACAGCAGAAUAAAUACACUGAAAGUCCCCUGAAAGCAAAAAUAAUAAUGAAAAGGUUUUAAAACUGUGACACGUUUUUAGUUUUUAUUGUGGUUUCAGUUCAUUUUGAUAAAUAGAUCGAGAUAAUAAAAGAAAUCACAUGAAGCCAUAACAUUGAUUUAAUACAUAGAACAAAUAGACUUAAUGGUCAGAAACGAUGUGUCAUCAAAUGAAAUAAUAAGCAGGUUUGUAUUUGAUGACUGUUGAUGACUUUACAUGAAAAAUAACUUGGUAGAUAAAAAGAUUCUGAAUUAAUAUAAACCUCGUGUCACGACAGUUUGAUUAUUUUGUGUUGAUGCUUUUGUUAAAUGCCUCGUUGUUCAUUAUUUAUUGUGUGCAUUCCUUUAAGUGUUAAUACGUUAUUACUCCCACUACUCUUCUCUGCCUACAGCUACUGUAGUUUUAUCUAUAAAAGUUUAAGUUUAAACUAUAUUGAAAAUAAUUUUUUUUCAAUAUAGUUCUGCGGUUUAUUUAAAUGCACAAUACUUGAAGUAUUUUACUCAAUUUUUUUUGAAUGUUGCAUUUUAAUGUGGUAGAUUACUAAAUUUUAAAUGAUCAUAACAUAUAAUUAAAUACACCUUUUACACACAUUUGCAUGUUUUGCAUUAUCUUCAUUCCCUUUUUUAUAACUUACUUUCACUCUUUCUUUCUUAUCCUCUUUCUGAACCGGUUCCCUUUCCUUCGUUGGCUCGAUCUCUCUCAGUAGACGGAGCCUCUCGUGGCGUCACAGAUGAGUAAAGUGUGUGUUUUUUGUGCGUCGUAGUUCAAUGAAGUGCGUUUAAUGGAGCGCUACGAGUCCCUCGGGCUGGUCGGGGAGGGAAGCUACGGCACCGUGCUCAAGUGCCGCCACCGGGACUCCGGCCGCUUGGUCGCCAUCAAGAAGUUCAUGGACUCGGACGACGACGCCACGGUGAAGAAGAUCGCCCUGAGGGAGAUCAAGCUGCUCAGACAACUGCGCCACGACAACCUGGUGAACCUCCUGGAGGUGUGGAAGCGCCGCCGGCGCUGGUACCUGGUGUUCGAGUUCGUGGAGCGAACCCUUCUGGACGAUCUGGAGCAGAACCAGGGCGGCCUGGACCUGAACACCGGCCGGCGAUACCUCUACCAGAUUCUCAGGGCGGUGGCCUUCUGCCACCAGCAGAACAUCAUCCAUCGUGACAUCAAACCGGAGAACAUACUCAUCUCCCAAAGGGGCGUGGUUAAGAUGUGCGACUUCGGCUUCGCCCGGACGGUGGCGGCGUCGUCCGACGGAGGGGUCUACACCGACUAUGUGGCCACUCGCUGGUACAGGGCGCCCGAACUCCUGGUGGGAGACUCUAAGUAUGGCAAGCCGGUAGACGUGUGGGCUGUCGGUUGUCUGUUGUUGGAGAUGUUAACGGGUCAGCCUCUGUUCCCCGGAGACUCCGACCUCGACCAAAUCUACCACAUCGUCAGGUGCUUUGGAAAUCUUACAGCUCAUCACCAGGAGUUGUUCCACAGGAAUCCCGUCUUUUCUGGAGUCAGACUGCCUGAACAUUCUGCCAGAGUCCGACUGGAGCAGCGAUUCCCUUCCAUCGCACCGGCCGCCCUGGACCUGGCUCAGAGUUGUCUCCAGAUGGAUCCGGAGAGACGAGCUCAGUGUUCAGAACUGCAAGAACAUCCUCUGUUCACACAAGACUCUUUCCACAUAAGAUAUUUGGACGAGCUGAACGCCAAGAUCCAAAAAGACCACAAACAAAACUCUACCUUCCCCAAAAUAACCAGAACGGUAAGACGGGAAAGGAGCGAAAGGGACGGCAAGAACCGACGAAGCAAAGACAAGAAGCAACCCGACAGUGUGGACCUAAAAGUCAACAGGGAAACAAAAGGAAAGCAACCUUUGAAGCUUUCUAAAACCGUUCAUAACGCUUCAGAACCUUUGAUGUCCACCAAACAAGCCAAAACCGGAGGCCUGAAGACAACCAGCAAUGCAGCAAAAACCACUGUGGCCAUGAAAGGUAAAACCGGAAAAGCCACCGGUGCAGAGCUGAGAAAGGAACCAGAGAUUUCUAAGUUAACUAAAACCCUUACUUCUGAUUCAUUGGAGGUUGCCAAGACGUCAACUGAUCUGAAAGAAAAUGCUGCAGUGUCUGCUGAAGCUAAACAUGGUGAAAUCGCUUCACCAAACCGGAGGCCACACAAUGUGAAAACUGUGGAUGCAAAAGACAGCUUUUCCAGUGGUUUGCAUUCUAGUUGCUCAGACGACAUUGUGUCAAGUAUGAGUGAGAAACAUGUGACGGGGAUCAGGAGAUCUUCAAAAUCCGAGCCAAGUCAAGACUUUGGGAAAAGCCGGAGCAACUCAAACUCAAAAGUGCCCAAAUUGUCUAAAAGCUCUACGACUGAUCGUCCAAAUAAGAGUUUAUCUCCAAAACCUUCUCUGAAAUUAACUUCUGAUUGUAAAGACACCCACUUAACACAUAAAAUGGGUAAAAUAUUUAAUAGAGAAAACACUGAAGGUUCUCAAGCAUCAAGCAAUGGCCUCAUUGAGGUUGUUACCCCAACCAUCCCUUCUGUCAGCAAUUCAUCCCAAACAACUAUGCCUUCAGAGCACCGUUUAAACAUGGAGGGGAGACAAAGAGGGACAAUUGAAUGUCCGAAGGUCUUGCCCCCAAACCCCAGACCACAAAAGACUACUUCAAACAUUGGCUCAAAAAUGACCCAAAACUAUGAAUCCUUGUCCAACAGCCCAUCAAGAACUCUUACCUCAGAUCUUUCUAAACAUUCCUCCACAGUUUAUACAGAGGCUAAUCCUGCCCACAGCAGCGUAACACCACCCAAAGAAACCUCAACUUCAAUGAUGCACAAAACUGUCUCACCUUCACAUCCUAAACACGCAAAUGACACCAACAGUGCACCCAACAAACCUUUGAGAGGCCUUCCGACAGACAGCGAUCCUACAGAAGUGUCUGUCUCAACCAAAACUCAGCAGGAUAGUGUUCACACUGGAAGGAAGGACUGGAAGGAAGCUCACAGAUGCUUGAAGAGGAGCCUGUCGACCAAAACAACUGCCAAACACACUGAGAUAUCUGAUGCGUCAGGUGGAGAUUACAAAGCGAGUCCUGAGUUCUUGGAGCCCUCCAGUGUCCAUCAGGAUUUCAGUGCUUCUAAAUCCAAGAUCACCUCAAACUCCACGGUGAAUGAAGUCUCUCAAAGCAACACCUCUAUGUGGACCACUAUUCUGAAGACAUUGAACGUCUCAGAUAAAGAGAACAGGGAGGAUUUAGCGUUAAUAAAGCCUUUAGUAAACUCAAAGUUUUCCAGAAAUUCAAAUAUUACGCAAAAGAGCCACAGCAGGAAAGCUGAACCCGACAUAAAACCUGUGAAACCCCCCCCUCACAAGUCUUUGAUCGAAGACCCUGAAAAGUCAACAAAGUACAACGCAGCAAUGACCCUAAAGCCAACUAUGUUUCCCACAGAAGCAUUAAAGAAACGAGACAACCCAGAAAGGGACGACGGAACGAAUAUAUCCACAAUCGCAGAGUCAGCUUCAUUCCUCUCCACAGCGACUCCAGACACCAAAGCUCCAGGAAGAAGCUCGGUCUUUCCCAACAGUGCAGACGUCCAUGAGUUUGAUUUUGCUGUCCAUCCUUCCUCUCUACCACCUCCUCCUCCUCUGUCCUCCACCCCUCUCCUUUUCCCUCCUUCUUCUGCACCCUUCAUACCCUCCUCCUGUGUCAACAGCAAUCACCUUUCCCCCGGGCCAGAGUUCCACUCGGGGACUCACAACUUUUGGUGUGCUGACCAUCCAAGGCACAUGGGUGGCGUUUAUGGCCGUCUGUCGAGCUACGUGACAGGACCUCUAUGUGCGCAGGCGCCGAAGAACAAUGCGGCCUACGAGUGCCCCUUCCGGUCCGAUAGCUGUAACCUUGGUAACAGCGGAGGCAAUUCAGGGACCAAGAAGAAGUUGGACAUCCAUUUCCCAGACGUGAGGAGCUCAGCGCUGCCUGAGGCCAGAGGGAGAGAAGGCAAACACAGCAGAGGAACCUCCAAGGACCCGAGGAAAGAAAAAACACUGGUUUCUCCGACAGAACCAGAAGAGCAGAACAACAGUACUGACUCGUAACACCGUGACAAAAGCCCCUUUAUUUUAAUAAUAUAGAACCUCAACAUCUCCAUGAAUGUGCACCCUGGUGGAUUUUAGGUCGUGGUCACAGCGCUCUGCCACCUCACUGGUUAUCUGUCAAGCGUUAAAGCAAAAAAUGACCAGAAUGAAAUGAUACAUUUUAUUAUUUACUGUCAAUCAAAGGUUUUCAGGUUUUGGUACUUAACAGCGGAUCACUGUAUAUAUUUGUACUUUUAGAAGUGUUAAAACAAACAUUAUGAGAAUAAAGAAGCUUCAUAAUCUAA